GUAAUCCUUCAGCUCUGGUGGGAAAGGAGAAGCCGUGAGCUCCCGGUUGAGAGUGAAGGUUAUUUUGCAAAACUCCCUUGGUGUCGUGCCGGCUGAGUGCUGCGGAAGGUCUCCGAGGUCUUAAAAAGUGUCAGCAAAGCUGCACUGAAUAACAGGCACACUAAGGGGACAUAUUUUUCAUCUCUAUAAUGAAGAAAAGCAGGAGUGUGAUGACAGUGACAGCAGAUGAUAAUGUUAAAGAUUAUUUUGAAUAUAGCUUGAGUAAAUCCUACAGUUCUAGUAACACACUUGGGAUUGACCUCUGGAGAGGGAGAAGGUGCUGCUCAGGAAACUUACAGUUACCACCGCUGUCCCAAAGACAGAGUGAAAGGGCCAGGACUCCUGACGGUGACGGCAUUUCCAGACCAACCACGCUGCCUUUGACAGCACUUCCAAGCAUUGCUAUCACAACUGUAAGCCAGGAAUGCUUUGAUGUGGAAAAUGGCCCUUCCCCAGGUCGGAGCCCACUGGACCCCCAGGCCAGCUCUUCUUCUGGGCUGGUCCUUCACGCCACCUUUCCUGGGCACAGCCAACGCAGAGAGUCCUUUCUCUACAGAUCAGACAGUGACUAUGACUUGUCACCAAAGGCGAUGUCAAGAAACUCUUCACUUCCAAGCGAGCAACACGGCGAUGACUUGAUUGUUACGCCUUUUGCCCAGGUCCUUGCCAGCUUGCGAAGUGUGAGAAACAACUUCACUAUAUUGACAAAUCUUCAUGGAACAGCCAACAAGAGGUCCCCAGCUGCUAGUCAGCCUUCUGUCUCCAGAGUCAACCUGCAAGAAGAAUCUUAUCAAAAAUUAGCAAUGGAAACGCUGGAGGAAUUGGACUGGUGCUUAGACCAGCUAGAGACCAUACAGACCUACCGUUCUGUCAGCGAGAUGGCUUCUAACAAGUUCAAAAGGAUGCUGAACCGGGAGCUGACACACCUCUCAGAAAUGAGCCGAUCAGGGAACCAGGUGUCUGAAUACAUUUCAAACACUUUCUUAGACAAGCAGAAUGAUGUGGAGAUUCCAUCUCCCACCCAGAAAGACAGAGAGAAAAAGAAAAAGCAACAGCUCAUGACACAGAUAAGCGGAGUGAAGAAACUGAUGCAUAGUUCAAGCUUAAACAAUACAAGCAUCUCACGCUUUGGAGUCAACACAGAAAAUGAAGAUAACCUGGCCAAGGAGCUGGAAGACCUGAACAAAUGGGGCCUUAAUAUCUUCAAUGUGGCUGGAUAUUCACACAAUAGGCCCCUAACAUGCAUCAUGUAUGCCAUAUUCCAGGAAAGAGACCUCCUAAAGACAUUCAAAAUCUCCUCUGAUACGUUUGUAACCUACAUGAUGACUUUAGAAGACCAUUACCAUUCUGAUGUGGCAUAUCAUAACAGCCUACAUGCUGCUGAUGUAGCUCAGUCAACCCAUGUUCUUCUUUCAACACCAGCAUUAGAUGCCGUCUUCACAGAUUUGGAAAUCUUGGCUGCCAUUUUUGCAGCUGCUAUCCAUGACGUUGAUCAUCCUGGGGUAUCCAACCAGUUUCUCAUCAACACAAAUUCAGAACUUGCUUUGAUGUAUAAUGACGAAUCUGUGUUGGAAAACCACCAUCUGGCUGUGGGUUUCAAAUUACUGCAAGAAGAGCACUGUGACAUCUUUCAGAAUCUCACCAAGAAGCAGCGUCAGACCCUCAGGAAAAUGGUUAUCGACAUGGUGUUAGCAACUGACAUGUCCAAACACAUGAGCCUGCUGGCAGACCUGAAGACAAUGGUAGAAACAAAGAAAGUUACAAGCUCAGGUGUUCUUCUGCUGGACAACUACACUGAUCGCAUACAGGUCCUUCGCAACAUGGUACACUGUGCAGACCUGAGCAACCCCACUAAGUCGCUGGAAUUGUAUCGGCAAUGGACAGACCGCAUCAUGGAGGAAUUUUUCCAGCAGGGAGACAAAGAGCGGGAGAGGGGAAUGGAGAUUAGCCCAAUGUGCGAUAAGCAUACAGCUUCUGUGGAAAAAUCCCAGGUUGGCUUCAUUGACUACAUUGUCCACCCACUGUGGGAGACCUGGGCAGACCUGGUGCAGCCCGAUGCCCAGGACAUUCUGGAUACAUUAGAAGAUAACAGGAACUGGUAUCAGAGCAUGAUACCCCAGAGUCCCUCCCCACCGCUGGAUGAGCAGAACAGAGACUGCCAGGGGCUGAUGGAGAAAUUUCAGUUUGAACUGACCCUUGAAGAGGAGGAUUCUGAAGGACCUGAAAAAGAGGGAGAGGGCCACAGCUAUUUCAGCAGCACAAAGACACUUUGUGUGAUCGAUCCAGAAAAUAGGGAUUCACUGGGAGAGGCUGUAGACAUUGCCACAGAAGACAAGUCCCCAGUUGACACAUAAUCUCCCUGUCUGUGUGGAGAUGAACAUUCCACCCUUGACAAGCAUGCCAGCUAUAUGGUAGGGCCAGCCCACCCCGGGGGCCAAGGCCUGCACAGGACAAGGGCCAUGUGGCUUUUCCAGUUACUUGAGUUUGGAGCCAGAGUGCAAGACCGUGAAGCAAAUAGCAGCUCAGGAAAUUCCACGGUUGACUUGCCCUCCUUGCAAGCCUGGUGGAGAGCUGAAGCUUUAUGUGGUACUGGAGGCCAAGUUCAGAUCACAACUAAUGGCUUGAAAAAAGAAGACACAAAACUGAGAGAUUUUUCUGCACUAAGCUUUGGGAAUCUGUCCCCUCUAGUGACUGAACUAAUACGUUCAUUUAUAAAUCUGCUCACCUGUCCUUUUGUCUGCCAACCUGUGUGCCUUUUUUUGUAAAACAUUUUCACGUCUUUAAAAAUGCCUGAUGAAUACCUAGAGUGUAGUAGUAUCAACUUCUACACAGACAAGCAUUCAAAGCUGACACAAACUUUUUUGACUCUUUCUGAAAAAAAAAAAAAAAAGGAAAGAAAACGGUCUUCCUUCUUUCUUGGGCAAUAUCUUUCACUUUACUACAGUUACUUUUGCAAAUAGAAAGGAUACACUUCUAACCACAUUCUACUUCCUUCCCCUGUUAUCCCUUCCACCUCCACAGUUGCCCUUACAACUUAAUUCUGUUUGCCUGCUUUGAACAGUAUUUUUUCUCCUCUGGAGUUUUACAUUUUUGCUCUCAACAGAAUAAAGUUGAACAAACGAAGGGAUAGGAAGAGGUAGUUGUGUUGUUCACAGUUACAGUCUGUGUAAAAUUCAACCGAAUAAGGCAGCGUAUCCUGUCAUGUCCCGAACCCAGCGCCACUGGGAGUCACCGGCCUGCCCUGUCCGCUCCCUCCUCUCUUCACGCUCACACCCAAUUAUGCCAUUUUCAAUUCAGUGCUGCCACCUCUCUCUUGCACUGCCUUCCCGCUAACACCUCCAUUUCUGUUUAUAACUGUGUAUUUAUUACUUAAUGUAUAUAAUGUAAUGUUUUGUAAGUUAUUAAUUUAUAUAUCUAACAUUGCCUGCCAAUGGUGGUGUUAAAUUUGUGUAGAAAACUCUGCCUAAGAGUUGCAACUUUUCUUGUAACGUUUUGUAUUGUGUAUUAUAUAACCUGAACAUCGCUGAGAGAGACAUAGGGCCCCGUCGCUUUGAGGACAUCAGUGGGCUUUUACUCAGAGGGUCUUCCCUUUUACCUGUCUGAAUUGCUAAUAUUGUGUAACCCCUUUACAAACCAGUUUUGGAAACAGGAUUCUCACAUUCGAUACGAAAUGGUUUAUACUGAGCUUUUACUUUUGUAUAGUUUCAUAGGGAUAGGGGGCAACAGGAUGUGGUUUUCACCCCUGUUCUAUCCAACUCCGUGUACGCAUGAGUUGGGUAAUAACUGGGUUCUACUAUAAUCAUGGCUUUGGUUUAAAAAGCAACACUACAUUUGCGCGCAGAUGGUUCUUCUGAAUGUUACCAAACUACUGACUUUGCAAAGAAAGCCUCCUGCCUGCCAUUAAACAGGAAUGUUAUGUUCCAAUUAAUUACAAAAAAGAAAACAAUAAAACAAUGUGAAUUUUAUAAUAAAAUGUGAACUGAUGUAGUAAAUUAUGCAAAUGUGAAGCUUCUGAUAACACUUGUUAAGUCUCUCAUUGGCUUCAGUCUCAGUUUGUAAAAUAUAUUUCAUGUGUUCAGUUCAGCAUUGUGACUCAUAGUUAAAGAAAUGGCACAGAUGUGCAUGACCAAUGGGUUUGUAUGUCUAUGAACACUGCAUUAUUUCAGGUGGACAUUUUAUUGUUUUCAAAAGUUUCUCACAAUGUAUGUUAUAGCACUAUUAUUAUUAUUAUCUAUUGUGUUCAAAUGCAUUCUUACGAGACUUUUCUAUGAGGUGAAUAAACAAAAGCAUGAUUAGAUUAGACUGUAGGUCCAAUUAUUUCGGGUCAGUUCUGACAUAUCAAAAGCAGAUCUUUUUUCUUUUCUCUCCUACCACA